UCAGUAAUCUAUUAUCUUUUAGGAUUCAUAGUAUGAUAUAAUAUAUCAGUAAUUACACAUACUCCGGAUAAAAGUAAAAACACUAUUGUUUUUUUCUACCUCUUCACUCAAUCUAGGGAUUCCUUUUUAAUACCUAAAACACUCACCGGUAGAGCCCAAACAACAGAACACGUACGACAUUAUUACUAUUUUCUAAAAUGCAUAACAUCACAUAUUAAUGCUACGUAUUUCUAGAAAACAAAACAUGUUACUAUCCAUCAUUUAUCGUACCAAAGCCAAUGACCCCUCGCUCUUAUUCAUUGGCUUCGUUCCCUCCAUAUAUUGACUUACCGCUCCCUCUCUCUCCCUCACUUCACAUCUCUACUACAAAUUUUCAGAAGCAGAAACCCCAAAAAAAAACUCCAUUUUUCGAUAAAGGAUACAACAUCGCUUCCUAGCUAGUAUAGUGUUGGCCAAGUGAAAAAAAAAAGCAAUGAAAGAAGAAAACUGCACGAGCAGAGCAUGCGAGCGGUGCAAGACGUUUGGAGAGAAGUGUAGCCACAAAGUGAAGAAACAGAGAGGCAAGUUUUACAUCCUUGCCCGUUGUAUCGCCAUGCUAGUCUGCGGGCGUGAGCGUGACCACGACCGAGACCGUGUUUCGAAUUAGACUUUUACCUUAUGCUCUUUUUCUCUUAUUGUCUUUCUUUAACUUUCUCUUCUUUUGGGGAUUGCCCUUUUCACUUCUCCCUCUAGUAUCAAACAUUUGGACUAGGGUUGCUAUUUAAGUUAUAUAUACACAUGAAUAUAUGAAAUUGAUGUAAUGCAUUCGUAGAAAUGCUUUAUUGAUUUGUAAUUUAUGUAUUUCGUUUGGAUUUUUGAAUGGUAACUUCUAAAUAAGUUUGUAGUUGUUCAAAUAAUUAA